UAAGAAGCAGUUUGAAUAGGCUGAACGAUCAGUAAAUGAUGUGAAACGGUUGAAAGACAGCUGUAUUUGUAAGGAGCUCAGUUCAUUUGUACCUCAUAGCGGUCUAUCUAUCCACGAUGAAGCUCAUCCUGACAAUCUCCUGCGCCUUCACACUGUUCUACACAGCUGACAUGCUCAAUUGCUACACCUGUGAGCCUGAGGAUGAAAAAUGUCGGACAACAGUAUUAAAGAACUGUGUGAAAGCAGUAUGUUCCACCUUAACAAGCAUAGAAUAUCCUUCAGAUUCCAUCAGAGUAUCUAAGGGUUGUACGUAUGUCGCCGAAAACUGUUAUUUCAUGGAUAAAGUAACAGAACUGUCAAUGAACAACGGAUACAGACAAGCCUCCCAAUCCUCGUUUUGCUGCAACACGACAGGCUGCAACAUAAACACCCUCCCUGCCCUCAGUGACAAGCCCAAUAAACUACAAUGUCACACCUGGGUGAAUGGUACUUAUGAAGUUUUGCAAUGCGUUGGAAUUGAAGACCACUGCUUCAAAUAUAAACAGCUCACUCCUGAUGGGGGAAAAGUCACCAUUUAUGGAGGCUGUGCCUCCAGUGACUCAUGCCUCUGGUCUGAGAUGCCCAACCAGACGAACCUCAACUGCUGCAAGGGGAGUCUGUGUAACAAAGCCAUGGGGAUGAGUCUGAGUUCUCUCCCUCUUCUGCUGGGUCUCCUCCUCAUCUCACUGGUCUAGUUAGUGGGAGGAUUCAUGGUAAUCCCAACCGUUGGUGUGAUAUCCACAAUAAAUCAAUGUGUCAAUAUAUUGGUACAUCUAAGAAAUUUGAAACAUAAGUAAUAUUAUUGUGUUUGGAUGUUAAUUUAUUCGCAAAAGAAAUGGAAAUUGUAGAAUUGUUUUAAAAUCUGUAGUCACUCAUGUCACUCUUUACUCUUUACUUGUACGUUACGUUACUGUAUAUUAUAAACUGCCCUGAAUGCUGAUUGGCUGACAGCCGUGGUAUGUCAGACCGUAUACCACGUGUAUGACAAAACAUGUAUUUUUACUGCUCUAAUUACUUUGGUAACCCGAUUAUAUUAUGCCUUUAUAUUAUUAAGCAAUAAGGCCCAAGGGGUUUGUGGUAUAUGACCAAUAUACCACGGAUAAGGCCUGUAUCCAGGCACUCUGUGUUGCAUCGUGCUUAAGAACAGCCAUUAGCCAAUUUAUAUUGGCCAUAUACUAUACCCCCUUGGGCCUUAUUGCUUAAUUAUAUAAUGGCAUAAUAUAACCACAAAACUAUGUUACAUACGGUACAGUGCAAAGAUCAAGGUUGCUCCCUCUCUCUCAUCAACUUCAAUUGUACUCUCUUCCUAAACAAAGGUCUUACACACAUCUGAAAGCAAGAAAGGAAAAGGAAAUAGAGAGAAGGACCACCAAACAUCUGAUGCUAAACCAAAGAAUGUUAACGAGGCCAUAAAUAUAUUUUUAUACCUCUCUACUAUGUUUGAUAUGAUGCCAUUAUUGGGUGAACGUAGCAGGGUAAAGUCAGGUCUGAUGGGGCAGAAUAUACAGAUUUAGGAGAUAGGUUUUUUCUCAGGUUUAGGAUCAUACCCCUAUAUUUUCACUUCUCUUAGUUUUUUCUGUACUGCUUUUUAGUUGAGGCUUGUAGCUAGCUGAGGGUUGUAACAUGGCAGUGUGUACCCAUUUACAUCAACAGUUAUUAUCAAUCAGUUAUUAUAUGCUUAAUGUGCUUUGGGACUAAUAAAAUAAAAGUAAAUAAUCCUA